AAAAUGUGGACGCUAUAUGCUACGUAUACACCGCUUAAUAUUAUUGCGCAGAAUUUAUUUUUAUCUUUGUUUUAACUACACAUUCACAUAUUCUAUGUUUUACUGCUACUCGUUAAGUGGCAGUAGCAUACUCUGCAUACCGACAAAAAAUGGAGGCCGUGGCGCUAUGGGAUUUUGAGGCUACCCAGCCAGAUGAAAUGAGUUUUAAAAAGAACAGUAAGCUUUGCAUAAUGAAUAAAGAAGAUGGUGGUUGGUACAGGGCUGUUAUGGGAGCACAUUCUGGAUUUAUUCCAGCAUCAUAUAUCAAACUAGAACCACAUGAAUGGUAUAGAGAACCAAUGUCCAGAUUAGAAGCAGAAAAAUUUAUUCUACAAAAAUCACCUAUGGGAUCAUUUUUACAUAAUGAUGGUGCUUUCAUUAUAAGAAAGAGUGAGUCAGACAAAAAUGGGUUUGCCCUUUCAGUAAAACAUGAAGACACAGUCCAGCAUUUCAAAAUUUUAACAGAUUCUAACAAUAAGUUUUAUAUAUGGCCGAAUUCUGUAUUCUUGUCAAUAAACCAGUUAGUUGAGAAAUACCGUUCAGAGAAUGUUUCAGGGGAUCCAAGAAAAAUAAUUUAUCUGAGGGAUAUCAGGCAGGAGCUGUACGAGGCAUUGUACGACUUUUCACCAACCAACAGUGAAGAAUUGGAGCUGAGGAAAGGAGAUGUUAUUAAGCUUUUAACAAAGAGUGAUCCCAAUUGGUGGGAGGGUGAAGUACGAGGCAAAACAGGGUUUUUCCCCAAAAAUUAUGUUAGAGAAUGCAAAUAAGUUUAUUAGAUGACUUUGUUGCUAUUGUAUAAUUGCUGUACAGAACUGUCAACUUGAUUAAUUUUCUGAUACACCCUGGACUCAAAAUAUAAGCACACACUUGUUUCACUGGUAAAGAUUGAAAAGAACUAAAGAUCUUAGUAAAUCGCUUCAUUAAAUUCCUGCCUACUUAAUUGUCAUUGUAUUUCAUAAUUAUUUAUAGUUUGUGAGAAUUGAGUUUUAAGGUUGAAAGAGUAAAUUAAUCAAAAUGCAUAUUUAUGUUUGAUUUUUCUGUUCCCAUUUUUAAAGGCUAGUGUAAGUUAAUUGUUUUGAGUAGCUAUCCUUUAUUUUUUUGUCUUAUAACUUUUUGAAAUACACAUUUUGUUCUUGUUCACAACAUGCUCCUCUCUUUUAUCCCUCUUGCAGUAUGUAUAUUGAAAUUGCAAUAUAACAAAAAUGUUUAGGCAUUUUAUAACAGUACAAACUGUGUGGUCAUCUAAAAAGUAUUAUGUUUGCUCAACAAUAGUACAUUCACAAGCUCUUAACACAAAAAAUUUGCCUUUUUGUUUGUCUAUAUUUAUGUUGUAGAAUAGCAAAAGGUAAAAAGGUACUUGCAUUUCACUGUCUCAAAGUUUACCAUAGCUCUUCGCCAACAUUGGGGGGAGGGGGGGCUUUCACAUUUGUAAAUUCUUCAUUAGUAAAAGAUCCAUUGGUCAUAGAUUACUUCUUGGGCUCUUACUUUUCUGUUUGAUUCAGGACUCUCCCCUCCUGUGUUCUAAAAAUCUCUUCUCAGUUUUUUAUUGAACCAAGGAUAAAAUGUUCAUAAUAUACCCACUGAUCAUAAAAACCACAUUAUUAGGUAAUGUGUAUGUCAUUGCAUAAAUAUUGUGCUAUGUGAAUUAGCCAUAAGACAUAGUCAUGUAUAAUAUAAUUGUGUGGUUGGGGUAGGUUUCUUCUGAUGAUCUUUGCAGUUAGUCAGGUGUUGUUUACAUCUGUUUGACCAUGGCUGAUGUUCUGCGGGUCCCUGAGGUAUCACAUGCAAGUGUUGAUGUAUACUUUGUGUGAACUUUUCUAUAACAUGAUACUCUCAACUGACACUUGUUACACAAAAUAACAUAAGCAUAAUUGCUUGUUACUGUUACAUGAUGGAUUGACAUAAAUACAUUGUUUUUGUGAAUCUAAGCUGUACAAUGGCUACUGGGCUGUACAAUACUUGCUACAGAUGUACUUCAAUUCUAUUUGAUGUUACACUCAGACUUGCCCUUAGAGAAUGUCCUAAUCUUGCUUUGAGAAUAUAAAGAGCUAUAAUUUAUUAGUCUUUGCUAUGUUAGACAUCAACUUUUGAUCUAUCAGUAGUUUUUAUAAUUAAUUUUUAUGUUUAAUUUUUAAUAAUUAGCCAUUUUUUGAAGACUUAUUUAUAACAAUUGAAGAUAGUGUAGUCUACACAUUCAGUAGAGCUGCUUAAAAUAAUUUUGUUCUAAUGUAUUUGUUCAGUUAGGUUAGUUCUGAAUUAGAUUCUGAAAAGAUUAUCUUCCCAAAGAUUGAAAGAUUUAAAAUUACUUUUUGGAUGUUGUUUGUCAUCAGUGACAUUAUGUGCCUUAUGUAAUUAGAAAUGAAAUACUCCUUGAUUAUCUUACUAUAAAAUCAAAACUUUCAAUUUUCCAAAUGAAUCAAGUCUCAUUAGAGCAUUAAAUUCUAGUAGCAAAGAUCCUAGGUCAUAUAGACUUGUUGCAGUUGACAGUAAAGCCCUGUUGAAUCUGUCAUUGUUAGUGUUGAUAAUGGACCAAAAUAAUUGUCUUUAUUUUCCUACAACUUCUGCAUUCCUGUGGCAGAUGUUGGCUGUUAUCGUGAUAAAUAUUAAUGACGUGCCCCCACCCCCUGUGAUCCCGCUACUGGGUUUUGUACAGUUUUCUACAGGUCAUCCAUUGUUUAUCUAUAUACAUCAAUAUAUUUGAUACAUGUAAAUAUAGAUGUUAAAAUAAUAUUGCUGAUUUAUGUGAGAAUGUUCUUUGGAAGUGAACAAUAAUUUCUUAUUCCAAGGCAUUUUUCUUGUUAAAUCAUAUAUUUGCUGUUAUUUUUUUUUAUGGAUACUUAUUUGUUAAACAAAUUUUUAGUACAUAUUUUCCCCAAUUAUUUAUUUUAUGAGAAUUUUUCUAGUAGGCUACAAUUCUACUUGCGUACAAUUUGUCCAGGGAUAUUUCUACUUUUAGUGCUAGUUCAGUAUACUCCAGUCACUUCCUCUAUCCACAAUAUUUCUUUUGUCUGUACAGUUUUUUAGGCUCAAGUUAUCGAGUUUAUUUUAAAAAAUGUAUGCCACUGAUGCUUUAAACAAACAUAUCCAUUCUGUGUACAUCAUUUUGUCUUCUCUACCCAUGUGCUGUGUCUGUAUUGGAUGAAUAAAACUUUUUUCUGUUCU